GAAAGGGCCCAAGCAUUUCGUUGAUAAGGCAAAGCGUGUAUUUGACAGAGACAUUUUAAAAGUGAAACUACACAGCUUACAAGACGAAAUGGCAUUAGCGUGUCAAAGAAAUAGUUAUCUACGAGAGUUCAAAUCAAAGGUAAAAAGUUGCAUACCAGCUGAAUCAACACUUGUAACCAAUGGCAAAAAGGACAAGGUCAAAGGUUUUGAAGUCAUCUUGGAAGAUACCAUUCUGUUUCCAGAAGGGGGUGGACAGCCGGAUGACAGAGGAACCAUAAACAACAUAGAUGUACUACGUAUCACAAGGAAAGGGGCAGAGGCUGUGAAUUUUGUAACCACGGAAAUCGCUGCCGACACAGAUGUUGACAUGAAGGUGGACUGGUCACGUAGGUUUGACCACAUGCAGCAGCACACUGGGCAGCAUCUCAUCACCGCUGUGGCAGAACAGUUGUUUGGUUGUCCCACCACCUCAUGGUGUUUGGGAGAAAAGACAUCCUUUAUAGAGUUAGAUAUCCCGAACAUGAAGGAAGAGGAUGUUGUCAAGCUGGAGGAAACUGUUAACGAAAAAAUUCUGGCAGAGAUCCCUGUCACCCCUCAUGUGUUUGAGGAUAAAAAUGACCCGAAGCUGAAAGAGUACCGUUGCCGGGGGCUACCAGAUGACCAUGUGGGACCAGUGCGAGUAUUGGACAUAGAGGGAAUUGAUGGAGGCACACUCUGUUGUGGAACCCAUGUUUCGAAUCUCUCACAUCUACAGUUAAUUAAAUUACUUUUCUCUGAGAAAGGAAAAAAGAACAAGACCAAUUUACACUUUGUGGCUGGAGGUCGAGUCAGAAGUUACAUGGCACGGAGUGUGAGGACAGAACGGUCACUGACGGGACUUCUUAAAGGUCCACUAGAUCAACACUUUGAGUUAGCUGACAAAGCUGUGAAGGGCUUUAAAACUUGUCAGAAGAAUGUGACCAACUUAUUAAGAGAUCUGGCAGUGUUAGAAGCACAGAAAUACAAGUCUCUGACUGACCCAGAUCCUUUGUUUGUAUUACAUCGGAAGGAAGGGGACAAUGAUUUCAUGAACAUUGUUGUACGAGAAAUCAAUGAUAAGGCUGUCUGCUGCUUUUUAACAGUUGGGGAUGACAAGGGAGCAGGACUGUUUCUCCUCUCGGGCAGAGAGGAUAUUCUCAAGGAGGUGGGACCAAGAAUGGCAGAGGUCAUGGACGGCAAAGGGUCAAUGAACCGUGGUAAUUUUCAAGGCAAGGUCAAUAAACUAGGUCAACGACACAAGGCGGAGAAAGUUUUCAGAGAGUUUCUACAACAGAGUCAACAGCAGGCUGUAGCCAAUGAGUGUUAAUGCUAACUUUCCAAGGACAUGCCUAUUUAUGUAGACAAACUGGUACCACCUUCAUGUGAUCAUGUGAUGGUGGGCUAUACAAAUCACCCUGUGUCCAUGGUCCAUCUGUUGCCAAGUCGAGGCCAAGAUCCUUCUUUGAUCUCUUGUAAAAUGUAACACUUCUGGACAAGUAAAAGUAAAGUAAAAAAAAAAAAACUCUUGUCUAACCUGUGCACUUGUUUUAUAAAAUGUUUGGACCACGAUAAAAGAAAAUGACCUUUGUGUUUUUAGUGAGUCUUAAGACCAUUUCUUAACCUGCUAAACCAUCCCUGAAUUCUCUUAUAACUAUCAUCUUUUUUUAAAUGUUUUUGACAAUAAAAUGUAUUUUGAAAAUCUAG